AAUAAAAAUUUUCCACGCCUCUUUCUGCUUUUGGCGUUUGUCCGUUUCUCACUGACUUCUGCAUCCCCAAGUCAUAUAUGCCGAUGCCUGCAGUAGUUAAUGGGUUAAACUUGAGAGAAUUAAAAUGUGAAUUUUGCCAUUGAUUUGAUGGGGAACAAUGAAAAUGAUCGCUUCGUUUUUCCCAUAACAAGUUUGCAGAUUGGGGAUUUGCAGUCUUACCUUUCACAUCUUGGCCUAUUUCUGGCCCCCGAAAGCAAAAAAUUCUAUAUCUUGGUCGAUAAUCAGCCAUGGUUGAAAGAUCUUGUUUCACGGCCUACACAUCUUUGGCAAUUGAUGGUCACUAAGUCCAGGUUGUCCCCCUUUGCAAAUACUAAAGUGAAGAAGGAGAGGAGGGAGACAGGAGAACUUUAUGAGCUACAGGCUACUUCUGAAUCAAACACAAGUCAGUUGAAAAAGUGGUUCUUAUUGCUUGAUGUUGCGACAUCAUCCAGGAAGAGGGCUUUGCUACCUGUGAAGAAGCUCAGGAAUUCUUUGAUCACUAAUAGCAAGUUGCAUAGAACCUUGUAUGGCUUUAUAGUUUUUGAGGUUGCAUGGAGUGAUGUACGUGGUAUCAACUAUUUCAACGAGCUUCAGAAUGAUACAUCACUUGUAACAGAGGCUAAAUAUAUGAGAAGAUGGGAGUUUGAUAGUGUAGCACAGUCUGCUAGAUGCUUAUCUUCAUGGUUCCCCGGGACAUGCAAUGAGCAGAUUCUAUUGAAAGAUUAUUUAGAUGCUACAACAGGUGAAGGUUUCCAUGAUGCUCAAGAAAAUUUUCCGAGGACUGGCAAUAUUGAGGGUGACAGUAUUAUUUGUGAUGAUUUGUUGGCUGGGAGUGAAUAUCCUUGCUGUCUUAGUAGCAGUUUCAGAGUAUAUCCAGCAACCAUAGAAAAUGGAACAAGCAGACUACAUACACCUCCUCCUCCUCAUGGCCCUUAUAAGAGAAGGAGAAUGUCCGUCAAUGGUGAUGUCGAAGGUGACACUUAUUCUGAAGAAGCAGACCCGGAAACUACUGCAUUGCCAAUAAAUUCUCAGGCCUCUCACGCAAGUGACUGUGUGAACUUAGUUAAAGCUACCCAUUACAGAGAUGUUUUGAUUUCGUUUCGGUUCAGUGACCCGAAUCUUCCUUUCAAAUUAAAAGAAAUUAUUAUGUCUGAUUUGCGGCUACUUACUUUACUUGAGUCUGGUCUUCCGUCUUGGGUUAUCUUCCUUCAAUCUUACCCAGGAUUUUGCCAUAUUUACCGUCCAUGGAUGUGCCCUUUGGCAAGAGCUUUAUAUGUGAUUAUUUCUAUUGUCACUGUCCUUAUUGGAUUUUAUGACUUGUAUAAAAACAUACCUGUUCUAACAGCAACUGCAUCUCAUUUGUUUGGACCCCUUUUUGAUUGGAUUGAAAGUUGGGAAAUGAUUUCAAGAAUUGAGUACUUGGGGACUAUGUUAUUUCUUCAAAAUUUUCAAAAAGCCUUUAAGUGGUUUAUCAUGAUCACACGACCUAUUAGGUCAUUUCUUUCAAUCUUAACCCAACCAAUGGCAGGGCUUUUUGUGGAGUUCUUGGAUUUCUUUCUUCCUUUUUGGAAUAUGUGUAUACAAUUUUUGGAAGGUUUCUUUACAGUAAUUUGGAUGAUGGUUGAGUCCUCUUGCACUCUAGUAGGGGAGCUUGUUGAGAUUCUACUGCUGCCACUUUGGUAUAUCAUGUCAUUUAUGUGGAAUGUUGUGACAUCCUUAAUGUUCCCUAUAUUCUGGAUUCUGGUGGAAAUACUCUAUGCUCCAAUGCGAUUUGGGCUUGGAUUGUGUAACCUAGUGGCUUUCGUAUGUAGAUGCAUGUACGAUUUGAUUGGAGAUAUAUAUUUGGUUUUGAGUGACACCUUUCAGUUCACGACAAAUGUUGAAUCAACAGUGAGCUCGUAUGAGGUUUCCAUGUGGCGUUCUCUUUGGAAUGAUAUUUUCUCCCAGGUUUUCCGUGCACUCCGAAGCAUUCUUAAUGGUUUAGUAGCCUUCUUUGUUGCCUGCAACAGACACCGUCUAAGCAUCUAUAAUCAUGUGAAGGAAUUCAUUCAAAAACUAUCUGCAAAGAGAACGCGAGCUGUAGAGAAUAUUCAUGAUUGACGGGCAGCUGGAUCUCAAAAAACUUUUCCCUGGAAUACGAUCCACUGGCUAAUGUUCAGUCAAGUCUUCAAAACUUUGGGGCUGUUUUCCUUCUUGAACCUGCUUACAAGUUCAUCAGAUUGAGAUUCAAUUUCACCCAUCCGAAGGAUGACUACUUGAACAUGCAUGCUAUGUUUGUAAACGCGAUGAUCCCCAUAUUAAAAGUUGCUUAUGUUGACGUGGUAAAAUUUAUUGAUUGCGAAGAGCAGAGAGCGCUCCACCUUACAUUUAUGUAUCUGUAGAAUGACCAAGUAAAAUACAUAGUAAUCUCUAACUGUGUUUUGACUUUUGCUGGCAAUUAGUUUGGAAGAAAUCCAGCAGCCGAUGAAUUCCAGGAAGAUUAGAUGACACAUCCAUAUAGGCGAGUGAGGUCCACUUCCAAUGGAAAACAGCUCUUUGUAUAUACGAGAGACACCAGAGAUUGACGAGUAUAGAAUGGAGAGUGAGGCAAUUCCAACAGAAAUUAUUGCUCUGUACAUAUGAGAGGAUUAAGGAGAAUGGCCAGCAGCAUAGAAUAGUGAGGCUAAUUUCCAUCAGAAAAUCUCUAUCUGUACAUAUCAGAAAAUUCCAUAGGCCGACGAGUAUAGAAUUGUAUGAACUUGUAGCAUAUAUAUGCUAGAUCAAUCCCUAAGAAAAUCAUUUUUUUCGUGUAAAUGUACAUAACAUAUUUCAUGUAUGAGUGGAAAAAUGUUUGGUCUCAGAUUUACAUGUGACAUUUACUCCUUUUGAUUGUAAACUAUUGAUAAUUGAAUAUGAAAAUUUACAAAAUACACUCUGUUACUGGUUU